CAGUAGUUAUCAGCUGAAUUAUUCGGCUAAAAUGCCCUGGCACGGGCAUACGUAGUCGUCGGUCCGCCAUUACGACGCAGCCGAGACACGUUCGUCGUAUUUAGUUAAAUAUUUUGGUUUAUAAAUGAGUAAUAACGCUCAUGAUCUAAGUAAUCGACUUCUGAAUGCGUUGGAUAACAAUUACAAUGUUGUCGACAUGCAGGCCGUCAAUGAAAUCAUUUCCAUUUUGGAGAAAUUCAAUAUCACAAAAGAGUUGCUGGAGACCACCAGACUCGGCAAGCAUGUGAACGAGUUAAGACGGAAGACCACAGACCCGACGCUCGCGCGCCGCGCCAAGGUGUUGGUGAAGCGCUGGCGAGACCUUGUCAUCCCAACCGUUGCUUCGCCGGGACACACUGGUUCGAACCGGUCGUCGGCGGAGCGACAGAUGCGCCGCCUUGGGGGCACACCGCUCACCUCGCCCGCGCUGUCCAGGGUGGUGAGCCCGGCAGUCAAUAGUCCCCGACCGCCGUCGCGUCCGGCAUGGGGCGGCUACGAGUCGGACUCGCAGGACGUCAUCCUGGUGGACGACGACCCGCCGCCCGCGCCUCUUCUGGCCCCGCCCACUUCACUCGCCCCGCCCACUACGCCGCACAAGCCGUUAACGCCACCUGUAAAAAGGCCGACUUCUCCCGUGGGAUUGCACGACGAGAAGAAAGCAAAACGGGACAAAAAACCUAAGAGAAGAAGGGGCCACAGCCGAGCGGGCUCCGGCACAGAAGCGCCGGGGGCCCCGCCUGCCCCCGCGCCGCCCAGCCCCGCCCCCGCUGCGUCUGCCCCGGGGGGGCCCUGGGGCGCGCGCAACGGGGCGUCCGAGCGUCGUCGCAACGGGUACAGACGAGACAAGCUCGACCCGUACGCGGCGCUCGUCAACAAGCUUCCGCCGGCUGGGGCUAAGAAGGUUAGUAUUUUAUUGAGUUUUUAUUUCAAUAAAGCCCCCGGGGGGCAACGGGGCGUCCGAGCGCCGCCGCAACGGGUACAGACGAGACAAGCUGGACCCGUACGCGGCGCUCGUCAACAAGCUGCCGCCGGCUGGGGCUAAGAAGGUGAAAACAACUAAAGAGUUGUUAGAAGAGAUCCAGUCGCGCGGCGCCUCAGCGCCCGCGCCCGCCGCGCCGCCCGAGUCCGUUG